AUGUAUUCGUACGAGGAUGACCUUUCCGCGGAAGUUAUUCCCAAAAAACGCAAAAAGGGAGAGAAACAAGUUAUUUAUAAAAAUGAAGUGAUUAAAGGUGCACGAGUGAGAGGUGUAGGUCAUGCUGCUUUGAUAAAAUUCCCGAAGCAAGAGAUGUUUGAUAUAUUUUAUGCCCUAGAGAUGAAAAAUGAACAAGAUGCAUAUAUGCAGGCCCCAAUAGAGUGCUCAGAGAUUUCCAGGAAACAACCUAGAGUAGAGCAAAAUAAUGCAAAGCCAAAAAGCAAAUCAUACAAAUACUGUGUCUUCCAGUUCGGGAAAGCACCGUGUAUGCAAAACAACUUUUAUUAGUAUCCAUGGAAUCACUGUAGACCGUGUUCGUCGCUUGAGUAAGUUAUUAUCAAUAGGAAAGCCACCUAAUGAUAGAAGAGGCAAAAAAACAGGGAAUGCAAAACCUGGACAGGUGGUCAGGCAAGUAGAGGAGCAUAUUCGUUCAUUUCCAGUUAAAAGGUCACAUUAUGGUAGCCGUGACUAUCACUACCUUAGUGAGAAGCUGGAUAUAAAAAAAUGCAUGAAUUGUUUCUUAUGAACAAUCCCGAAUCAUCUGUAAAGUAUAGCUUUUAC